UGCAGUGUCCUGCACGUGGGUAACGCACAAGUGUGUUUGUGGUGCUCUGAACAGGGAGGUGGUUGACUCCAUGGUGGAACACUUCAAGGUCACCAUCUUUGGGGACCGACGGCCAGUCUAUGAUGGGAAGAGGAGCCUUUACACAGCCAACCCACUCCCGGUGGCAUCAGCAGGAGUGGAUCUGGAUGUUACUCUACCAGGAGAGGGAGGAAAGGACCGGCCAUUUAAGGUCACCAUCAAAUUUGUGGCCCCGGUGAGCUGGCACCUGCUGCAUGAGGUUCUAACAGGCCGUGGGGUUCCGGAACCCCUGGAGCUGGACAAGCCCAUCAACACCAACCCUGUGCACGCCGUGGACGUGGUGCUGCGACACCUGCCUUCCAUGACAUACACACCUGUGGGUCGAUCCUUCUUCUCCUCUCCUGAAGGCUACGACCAUCCCCUGGGAGGAGGGAGGGAGGUGUGGUUUGGGUUCCACCAGUCUGUGCGUCCGGCCAUGUGGAAGAUGAUGCUGAAUAUCGAUGUGUCUGCCACAGCAUUCUAUAAGGCCCAGCCGGUGAUCCAGUUCAUGUGUGAGGUCCUGGACAUUCACAACAUCGAUGAGCAACCAAGACCGCUCACCGACUCGCACAGAGUCAAAUUCACCAAAGAGAUCAAAGGCCUGAAGGUGGAGGUGACGCACUGUGGAACCAUGAGGAGGAAGUACCGGGUGUGCAAUGUGACCCGCCGCCCGGCCAGUCACCAAACGUUUCCCCUCCAGCUGGAGAACGGGCAGACGGUAGAGCGCACAGUGGCUCAAUACUUCAGAGAGAAGUACAGCUUGCAGUUGAAGUACCCACAUCUGCCCUGUCUGCAGGUGGGGCAGGAACAGAAGCACACCUACCUGCCUCUGGAGGUCUGCAAUAUAGUAGCAGGCCAGCGCUGCAUAAAGAAGCUGACAGACAACCAAACAUCCACCAUGAUCAAAGCCACCGCGCGCUCUGCCCCAGACAGACAGGAGGAGAUCAGCAGGCUGGUGCGGAGCGCCAACUACGAGGCGGACCCGUUCGUACAGGAGUUCCAGUUUCGCGUGCGCGACGAGAUGGCAGAGGUUACGGGCCGAGUCCUGCCCGCCCCCAUGCUGCAGUAUGGUGGCCGGAACCGCACAGUGGCAACGCCGAGCCAUGGCGUGUGGGACAUGAGGGGGAAGCAGUUCCACACAGGAGUGGAGAUCAAGAUGUGGGCCAUCGCCUGCUUCGCCACCCAGAGGCAGUGUAGGGAGGAGAUCCUCAAGAGCUUUACGGACCAACUGCGUAAGAUCUCCAAGGACGCUGGGAUGCCCAUCCAGGGCCAGCCAUGCUUCUGUAAGUACGCGCAGGGAGCGGACAGCGUGGAGCUGUUCCGACACCUGAAGAACACCUACGCCGGUCUGCAGCUCAUCAUCGUCAUCCUGCCUGGAAAGACUCCCGUCUACGGUGGUGGGCAGUAUGGGACGCCCCACCCUAGCCGUUACUGUGCGACGGUGCGUGUGCAGCGUCCCCGGCAGGAGGUCAUCCAGGACCUGUCCUCCAUGGUGCGCGAGCUGCUCAUCCAGUUCUACAAGUCCACGCGCUACAAGCCCACCCGCAUCAUCUACUACCGCGACGGCGUCUCAGAGGGACAGUUCCGACAGGUGCUGUACUACGAGCUGCUGGCCAUCCGGGAGGCGUGCAUCAGCCUGGAGAAGGAGUACCAGCCGGGCAUCACCUACAUCGUGGUGCAGAAGCGCCACCACACACGCCUCUUCUGCGCCGACCGCAACGAGAGGGUGGGCCGGAGUGGCAAUCCUGCUGGUACCACCGUGGACACGGACAUCACCCACCCCUACGAGUUUGAUUUUUACCUUUGCAGCCAUGCCGGAAUACAGGGUACCAGUCGGCCGUCCCACUACCACGUGCUGUGGGACGACAACUGCUUCACAGCCGACGAGUUCCAGCUGCUCACCUACCAGCUGUGCCACACCUACGUGCGCUGCACCCGCUCCGUCUCCAUCCCCGCGCCAGCCUACUACGCCCACCUGGUGGUCCGUGCCCGCUACCACCUGGUGGACAAGGAGCACGACAGUGCGGAGGGCAGCCAUGUUUCAGGCCAGAGUAACGGUCGAGACCCGUCUGCUCUGGCCAAAGCCGUGCAGAUCCAUCACGACACGCUGCGGACCAUGUACUUUGCCUGAGAGCCCCUCGCCACCUCUGACCUUCGACCUACGACCUCACCUCCUGUGUCUCCCAUCAGUCUCCUGUCGCUGAGUAGCACCAGGUGACACACCCCCCCCCCCCCCCCC